AUGGCAAUGGAUGAUUUUAACCGAUGCUUAGACAAUUGCGGUUUGUUAAAAAUUCCUUCAAAAGGGCAUAAAUUGUCAUGGUGCCAUAGUCAAGAGGGUCAUGCCCAAAGUUGGGCUCGAUUGGAUAGGGUGGUCAUUAAUGAAAAUUUUUUGAGAUCCUUUCCGUUGGCAUCCAUGGAGUAUUUAUCAAGGAAAACUUCUUAUCAUAGUCCUAUGUUUAUCAAGGGUUCUAGUGUAGAUGGCCGGUAUGGUUCAGAACCGUUUUGGAUCCAGAACAUGUGGACUCAUCGCCCAUCCUUUUUGGAUUGCGUGGCUGCGGUAUGGAGGGAGCCAUCUUUGGAGAAGGGUUUUUAUAAGCUUGCUUCUAAGUUAAAGAAGAUGAAGGUGGCUUUGAAGAGUUGGCAUAGGAGAGUUUUUGGCCAUGUGAAUAACACCAUCAAGGAGCUUGAAGAGAGAAUUGAGCUGGUGGAAGAUAAACUCCAAAUGGAAUAUCAUAAGGAGCUUGAGCUAGAGUUGCUGGUCUCCAAAGCAGAACUUUAG